GACCCUCUGACCCAUCUUCACCCCUGUGACACAAAUCUCUGUUCCUGCCACACCCAAAAUGAAGCAGCAGCACGGAGAGAUUAAAACCAAAACUUCAGAAAAGGCUCGAGUUUGGGGCCCAAAACAAUUUUCUGCAUCUCAGAAGCCGAGUCUAGUGUGGUUCCCACUGAAGAAAACACAUCAGAGGUGAUGCUGCAGGAGAGGUCUCACGUGAGGGCCCUGCAGUGGAAAGGCAGCUCUGCACGUCUGUAGCUGAUGGGAGAGGACAACAGCUUGGUAACAGGAGCUACCAAGAGCUGGCAGGAUGAGUUACAGCUCACCCUCUGUGCAUGACUUGCAUCGCAGCACCCCCAGCACAGCCAAGCCAGACCUAGGGACAGCUCUGGAUGUGACUGUGCCACAAACACCCACUGUAAGCCCUGAGACUACCAGUUUCAACAGCACCAAAAUCCCAGAUGUGGCCAGCACUGGACCUGGCAUGAGCACCAUGCUGCUUUCCUUUGGGAUCAUUACUGUGAUUGGGCUGGCUGUAGCAAUGGUUCUGUAUAUCAGGAAGAGGAAGAGGUUGGAGAAGUUACGGCACCAGCUCAUGCCCAUGUACAACUUUGAUCCCACCGAGGAACAGGAUGAGCUGGAGCAGGAGCUGCUGGAACAUGGGCGAGAUGCAGCAUCUUCCCAGGCAUCACAGAGCAAGGUGCUGCUGACGAGUCAGGGAGCCCUGCAGAGACCCAGCCGCCUCGUGUUCACUGAUGUGGCCAACGCCAUCAAUGCAUGACCAGGACCUGCCCUGCUCCGGGAUCCUGCUGAGAACAAGGAAGAUGAAGCCAACAAAGCAGUGACUUCCCUCAAGCAUGGCUGAUCCACUGAACCCAGCUGGUCACCUGUUGGUUUGUGUUACAAAUGGGCACGGGAAGUGCCAUCACUCUGGGAAGCAAACCCUUUGUAAGGGCAGUGGUGAUUUUCUGGUGUGUGUGUGUUGCCACUGAAAGGUCCUGAGCUCCAGUCUAUGGGCUGGCACUGCCUGACACCACCUGCCAAGCUUUGUGCUUAGAAACAGUGCCUGCUUUGUGUAGAUUAACCUGCUGGAACACAAGGCUGUGCUCUCAGGGUCAAGGAAGGGGAGAGGUGCACAUUUCAGAGACCUUCUCCACUGGCUUUGUGUGCCCAAGGCCCCUGGAAAGUGAUGGAUAAGCCUCUGUGCAGUGACCACAGCUCUGGCCAGUCCUGGGUGGGACUGGUGGCAAAUCCUCUGAGUCAGGAGAGCUGCCUGUCCUAGCUGAGGGGUGGCCUGGGGCACAGCAGGGAGGACACAGCCAUGGGAUAUCCCCUCCCAGGCCUGUGGCUGCGGAUAAAUGUGCACCAGGGUGAUGGUGAAGCAUGGGGAAUUCACUGGCUUUAAAAUGUGAAACAGUGAACAUCUGGCUGAUAACAGCUGAGGAAGUGAAUGAAUACCCCAAAUUAGAGGUACUGUAUAGGCAGAGGGGAUUUCACACAGCUAGAGGCAGGGACUGUCACUGCCUGGCUAUGCGAGCCCUGCUGCUGAGCUUCGAAUAACAGUGCUUGGGCCACAAAGAGGAGUUGAGCAGACCUAGGGUUCCAAUACCUUUAAUCCCCUCCUGCUUUGGCUCAGGGAAGUUUUACAGUGCAGACUGUUAUGCAGGAAAAAAGAUGAAGCUUUGAAGUACUUUAAAAAAAGGAGAAACAUAUAUUGGCUCAACAGCAGCCCAGUGUCUGCCCCCAGAGAUGACUAACAGCUGGUUUGUACUUCCUUACCUGCCAGGGCCUGCAGUCAGAGCCUUCUCUUGCUCCUGCUGAAGGGAACACAGAGCUUUGCGUUAGCCUCUGCCCGUUACCUGCUAGGAACAGGUAGGUGGGACUAGACAGGUAAGCCAGGGGUUUCCCUGUAGCCCUGAAGCUUCUCUCUGCCUGUGCAUCCUUCAGGGCUGCAGGAGGAAGAGAGUGGGGGCCUGUUGGCUACAAGCCUUUUGGUUGGCACUGGCCCCAAGUGCUGCAGACCAGCGCAGCAGCCAGGGACCAGCAUCAGUGCCCAGCCACACUCUGAUCACCUCCUGAUCUUUGUGUGGUUACAGGCAUUUGUCAAUCAGAUUUUAUUCCAUCCACAGCACCAGUUAAAAGGGAAUCAGGGCAAGCCAAAAUCUGAACGCAGACCUAAAGCUUUAUGCAAGGAGUUGUUUGAGAGUGGCAAUUCAGGUAUCAUGUGCUUUGUUGCAAGUUUGGUUUGUUUUUGUUCUCCCAAAUAUUUUGUUUUCUUCCCCUGUGUGAUUGUUUUUCUCAUAUUCAUUAAAUGCAGACUCUUUCCUGGGCCCGUGCCCCUGACCCCUGCAGGGCACAGCUCCUUACCAGCCUUCCCUCUUCCACUGACACAGCUUCCCUCAGGGCAGCUUUGCAGGGCUAAAUUGCUUUUAGUUUUUUAGUAUCCAGCUGUCUUUUUGGAACUAGGGAUUUCUGGGAGUAUAUUAGGGGUUGGAGUGUGGAAAACAGCCCAGUCCUCACUACCAGGAGAUCUGGCAGGAGGCACUCCCAGGCUGCUGCUGUUUGCCCCCAGGGAUGCUGCUGGAAGGAAGGUGCACGGGUACAAAUACUCAGUGUAAUGCAGAUUAGGUCCUUAGAAUCUGGAGUCUGUCUGUGGGUAUUCCCAGCGAUCAGCUGAGAGCCAAACACCUCCCAACACACACACACACACUUCCCAGCUCCUGCAGGUGCUCACUGAGAGCAGCCACACAUCUGAUUUCUCCCUUCACUGCCUGUCCCCUCUCCAGGCUCUGCAGCAGCACAGGGAUGCACAUGGCAGAACGAGUGUCCAGCUGUCCUAAAUUGCAGAAUUUUCCCCAGAACUCUCAGCAUUGGAAUUUUAAUUGUUGUUUUAAACUCAACAAAAGGCAAGUGUGAGCUGUUUCCUCAAUGCCUCAGCCCAGUGUGUGCCCUUCUUCCAGUUCCCUGUGCUGCAGCACAACAACAAACAAACCUACAGAGGAAUUCUCUUGAACCAUUGUCCCUGUGAUUAUAGGCUUUGUCCUGUGGUGACUGCCCUUAAAGAAGUACAGAUAAUAAGACUAAAAGAGUAUUAUGGGUAAUUGCUGGGCUCAUACUGGAGUAUCCUUUUAGUUCCAUAGCACCUCCUCUCACAGUUCUUGGAUGUAUAAUUUAGCAGAAGCAUCAUGAUGUAAUUUAAUUCAAGUGUUUCUGUGUUUUAAAGCAUUGAAAUAUAAUUAAACUAUUUACAUGAAA